UGUUAACCUUCAAUGUUAAAAUCUCAAUUCAAAAUUUUGAAUUUUGAUCCAAUUUAUUUACAAAACUGUACUAAAAUUCAGCGAUAUUAGCAUAAUAGACUUAAAAGACAAAUAAGAUCUGAAAGUUACAUAGGACUGGAAAGAGAAAUAUGAUGCUGCAAAGGUACCUACUGCAAGCAACUAAACAAUGUUUUACAAAACACUACAUUCUUCAGUCAAACAUAAAACAAUCAUACUGUGAACUAAGACAUAGAUACAGUACGAAGACCAAAGAGAGAAAAUAUACGGAUAGACAUGAAUGGGUCAUAGUAGAAAAUGACAUUGGCACUGUAGGAAUAAGUAGUUAUGCUCAAGAAUCUCUGGGAGAUGUGGUCUUUGCCCAGCUUCCUGACCCAGGUACAGUAGUGAAAGAAGGCGAUGAGUGUGGGGCCCUGGAAAGUGUGAAGGCAGCUAGCGAAAUAUACUCACCAGUCAGUGGGACUGUUACAGAGAAAAAUAUUGAUGUGGAGAAGAAGCCCGCUCUAAUUAACACAUCAUGUUACGACAAGGGAUGGCUGUUUAAACUGAAGCUGACUCAGCCUGAUGAGUUAAAGGAGCUAAUGACGGAGGUGGAUUAUGAAAAGUUUUUGAAAACGGAUGUUGACAAAGAUCAUUGAUUUUAUUGUUGUUUACUAAUUUAUGAUUAUGUUGUUGUUUAGUCAUGUAAUGAAUAUAAGCUAUUAAAGAGA